UAACAUUGCUAAGAAGAAAGAUAUAAUUUCUAAACCUGAUGUGAGAGAACAUGACUUUAGAAAUGCAAGCAAAUCCUUGGAUAAUUUAAAAUCCUCGUUUGGAGAAUUAGUUAUAGCAGCUAAGCAGAUUAGACCAAAAGGUAUAGAAGGUUUUAUUAAUCCAAGAAUUAAUAAUAUUGCUGUAAUAAUUACAAGGAGGCCAUUUGAUCGAGAUAAUAGGGCUUUUAUAGAAAUUGCCGUGCGAAAUGGUGCGGUUGUAUAUUUUGGCGAUUACAAUCCUCCAAGACAUACAAAAAGGGAUUUAGAUGGAGAAUAUUUGUCGGAUAUGAUCUUUGUAGAUAAUAUAUUAGCCUUCAGUGGUGAUAGUGGAAGCCCUGUAUUUUGUUUUUCAAAAUUUUCGGAUUUGAGAUUGGUAACUAUAAAUGGCAUAUUAGUAGCAACUAGCGGUAAUAUUACUUAUCCUUUUGCUAUGAUGCUACCUCGAAAAAUAAUCCUUAAUAAUGCUAAUUUAGAAAUUAUUACUGGAUUUUAA